AUGCUUAACGCAGAGAAAACCAUUGUGCCUCUGGACCUCCGCGAGUCUUCAGACAAAGCCAAGAUGAUAGAGCUGUGCAAGAAGUCGGACGUUCUGCUGGAUCCCUAUAGACCGAAAUGCCUGGAUCGUCUUGGAUUUUCUCCUGCCACUCUUCACAAACUCAACCCACGGCUUAUUCUUGCCAGGCUUUCUGGCUACGGCAGCGCAGGUAAGUAA